ACAUCGCUAAACUCAGUGAAAAUAAAACUACUGUAAUGUCCUACUUCACAGCAUGCCGUACAUUGGAAUUCCUGACGACAUUGAAAGUUAAACUCUUGAACUUAAACAUAAGUUUAGUCAUCUUAUAAGUGGAAAAUCAAAAAUGGAUGAGAUUUCCGAUUUAUUUGGUUUCCUCCGACGGAACGGCGACGCUUGGGCCACAGUGUAGCCUGUGGAAAUACGGUCAUGGUCCCCUUGAAACUGGCUGAGAGCGAUGCCAGUAAGGUGUGGUGUUUGGGAUUUAUCGAAGAUAUAUCUGUAGCGGCCGACGAGAUGUACAUCAACUUCCACUGCACUACGCUGGGGCCACUAUGGUUCCCGUCCCACACGGUGUUUUCCCACGCCGUCUGCCCGUAUUAUCCACCAGACAAGCUGGUUCUGGUGGCGCUGCGGACCAGCGUGGCCGAUCCGCUGGUCUUUGAAGAAGCUCUCAUAUUGGCGGGGUAUCCCGCGACCCCGCGACUGCACAGCGAAGGACGCGUGUAUUACGUGCAUACUACCGGUGACGGCCGCCGGCAUCUGGUGCAUGAGCUGCAGAUUGCUAAACAGCGGCCGCAGCGGUCGCUAGCGGGCGCAUGUGUGCGAGAGGGAUGCUAUGCAAAAUACUGCCUUACCCUACCCGCUGUUAUAACCGUUGAGGGUGGCGUUACACGGGGCGGUGGAGAUGGCGUCUCAUCGGGCUGCAGUAUUGAUGAAAACCGCGUAGCUUACGAACUGCAACGCUCACGCCACGAUCUGCAGUGCAGAAAUCACAAACAGACCAUGGCCAGCGGCUAUGGUAAUCGCUUCUACUUUCAUGUGCAGAAUAACGCCGCGGUAAGGAUUAUAUGCUGGGAACAGGGCGAUGGUUUCUGGACCGCAGAGCUGCUGGCACACGCCGUUCAGCGAUGCUUAAAGAGUGGAGCGUUACUACUGGCAGCAACAUCAGCGCCAGUAACGAAUCCAGUAAUUCAACGACCACAGUGUUUCGACCAGGAACCGACAGCCGGGAUGUCUUGCUUGCCUUUGGAAAUUAUCGCGCAAGUCGUUGAGCUGACCGAUGUCAUAACCCAAACCCGGCUGAAAAGGGUGAGCCCCGCGUGGAACGCCGUGCUGGCCGGCGCCACCCAGGAACGGCUGCUCGUUGACUUCAGCAUGCGCGUGGACAGCGUAGACUGCAGCAGCGAGAUGCUGCGUCUGGGCCAACUGCUGCACAACACCUUGACCACCCGUGUGCGCACCCUGGUCUUGACGCAAUGGACGCCGGGCUUGCGUGUGCAUGGCAAAGGAUGGAGCAGUGUGAGGAACGACCUUGCAAUUGUGUGCGGUCUGCUGCGCAUCACCAGCACCGCUCCCCUCCGCCGCAUCGUCCUGCACCGCUGCAUCGUGGACUAUGAACUGGGCGCAUAUGUGGGGCGCAAGUUGCGCAGUUUAGCGCUCCCCAUGGAGGUAUGCAGACAUCUGCUCCUGGUCGACUACACCAUGAAUAACGCGCUGCAGCCCUUUUCCCACGUGCCGUUCUUUUGCUCGCCUCUGGAUCGCAGCCAACGGCGUCAAGCACAGCCUGCGCUCUCCAUCACCUUGCCCUUUUUACGCUUGGAUACUGCACAGAGCUCGUUGUCCUAUUACAAUACACUGUUGGUGGCGGUAGUACAGCGGUUACCGGCGCCAUCCCCUGACAUUCUCCGCACGGUGACCGCUUUGUACACAUACUGGUACGCGGUGGCGCCGGAAGUGCACGGCCGUUACUGGAACUUUCUCCGUCGAUUGCUUCAUCUCACGGAACCUGUGGAUCCUUCCCAUCCUGACUCGUCGCCGUGGGCGGUCGAACCGUUUACACCAACGACGCUUCUGGGCUUCAACGCAUUGACCCUUGUUACUCUCUCGUCAUUGUGGUACAUGGAUGCGGACGCAUGAGUCGCUGCGCAACGACUUCCGAAACCAUCUGCUGUCCUCUGCCGGCUGUGUGUGCACAAAAGUGCAGGGUCGCACUUUAAAAAGCAGAUGCUCGAUUAUGCGUGUUGCUUAAAAAUGAACGCUUCUCUGUUAGAAGCAAAUGCUUGCUUACUCAAACAGCUCGGCGAGCAGAUCCCGGUAGGUACCGGCUGCGCCAGCAGGACGCUGGGGAUUCCUAUACACUGACUUGCCAAGCCCGAUAAUGCCCCUAACUCCGCCCGCUGUCGACCCGCCGCGAUGAGAGCAACUAAAGACCUGUACCGGCAGCUGGGCAGUCUGCGAAUCUUGUUCGAAUUGUUUGGGUGUGGUUGCUUUCAUACUUGAAUUGUUGCUGUAUCAUGAGAUGACUAGUGACUGCCUCAUGGUUUGUUUCCUCGGAAAUAGUCUAAAUUAGUUUAUGGAUGUGUCCCGGCGGUCUGCUGCUCUGAUUUAAGUAAGACUAUCGCCGGGCGUUUAUGAAAAACCCAGCUGUAAUGUAGUACCAUUUAGUGUCCCGGGGUACCGUUUGGCGAUUUUUCUGAAGCCCUCUGGAAAAUAAUUUUUAUUUUGUAAAAGGUGGGGUGCCAGUGAAAAUGCGUUUUUACGCAGGCGGGGACUGCAUUCGGGGGUCUAGCUGAUAAAAUACGAUAAUCGUAUCCGUAUGUUAUGCCGGUCUUAGAUGCGCGGAAGCGCUUACAUACAGUCUCGGCAUCAUACCGAAAUGUAGGUACUCGUAUCUACAGACUACAGUGACCCCUCUUUACUUCGGGAAUUUGUAUAGAUCGAAUUUGGCACUGGGAUACGUAAUUUUUAUUUUUCAGUCAUUUCUCAAAAAAAUUUUUGGUAGGACAGGUUUCUGACUGCCGGCCCGCCUGACACCCGGCAGGCCGAUAAAUCGAUUUUGCACUUCGUCGUCAUUUUCCUCGUUUCCAGUACCAUGGCUUCGAAGUGGAUGGGCUAUAUUAUUGGCUGCUCUUCGAAAGGUAGCGCUUUCGUCAUUGCAAAUCCCGCUCAGAGUGGGGUUGCCUAAUGUGAUUCCAAGUAUUGGUGAUUCCGGCCUUCGUAGUUGUUUAACCUGUAUGAGCAGUUAUUGGUGCGUGGAAAAGAUGGUCGGCAUCCGUAUGUGAUUGGGCGGAUGUACUUGUGCCAGACCGCGGAAAUGCCGAUUAGCUAACAACGAUAUGCUAUCUACAGAUAUGAUCCGCCACGGCGCGCAGUGCAUUUUCUCCAGCCGGGAUAGUGAUAUUACUGACGAAGAUAUUGAUGCAUUGUUGGCCAAAGGAGAAGCCAAGACGGAAGCGUUAAAUAAGAAGCUGGAGACUGUGGGAGAAGACACCUUGAAAACUUUCCCUCUGGACUAUGACGCCGGGCCGUCUGUGUAUCAGUUUGAAGGACAAAAUUACCGUGGCAAACGGCAGGAUCUCAUCUUACCAGCCACAUGGAUCGAACCGCCAAAACGAGAACAAAAGUUAAUUAUGCUGUUGACCAGUAUUAACGGGAUGCCCUUCGCCGCGAAGAGCCUAAAAACCCAAGAUUCACGCCUUCUCCCUCCAAAACGUUUGUUGGAUUUAUUAGAACGGGAAAGAUUAGCCUACCAACGAGCUAUAAACUACCGUACUCCUCUCGAUCCAGAUCCAGAUGAAGAUGUGGCGGAAGUCAAACGAGUGGAACAACAGGACAAAAUAGGCACAGCCGAAGCCGUGACAGAGCAAGGAAUGGAGGAGAAGGAUCGGCUGCUGGACAAGAGUUUUGACUGGAGCAAAAAGCAUUUUAAGAAUUUCCUUUUUGGCUAAUGAAACAUACGGCGGGAACGACGUUGAGAAAAUCGGUCGCUCGGUUGCCGAUAAAUCACCGGAAGAAGUCAAAGCCUAUCGCAAAAUCUUUUGAGAGCGGUGCAAAGAGCUACCGGAUUACGACAAAUACAUUGCGGCAAUUGAAAAGGGCGAGCAGCGUAUUCAGAGGAAAGUGGACAUAAAAAAGCGCCCUUGACGCAAAGAUCGCUACGUAAAAGAUUCCUUUGUUAAAGUUAAAGAUCAACUACGGUGUACGGAAACGUGGUCAGUGGAGCGAAGAUCAGUUACACCAACUGGGCAUUGACCGGGAGAAUUUGUACGAAGAGUUGUUGGAUUUGGCAUGCCGCAGUCCGUAGUUUCGGUUUGAUUGGUGGCUGCGGUCCCGCACGCCAGCGGAAGUUCGGAACUACAGCGUAGGUGUCAGACGCUGACGGGACUGAUUGAAAAAGAGAUGCUGGGCGAGAAGGAGACGCAGCGGCUCGUGGACGGAAAUUAAUGCCGAAUCUGCAGUCAGCCACACCGAAAUCCGUCCAUAACGGGAGCGAAGGAAGCAAGAAGAGGAAGAUCUAAAAUGAGGGAAAUGCCAAGAAAGAUGUUAAGAAGGUGGCCGAGAGCAGAAGUGAGGGGAAAUCGCAUAGUGAAAAAGCUAAAACGCACCAUCAUAAACGAUUGGCACCACUGACGAUGAGAGCGAUUUACAUGAGCGCAUGAUCACGUUUCGUUGAUAAACGUCUUAUGUUGUGACAAUACGGCUUUGAAGUUUUGAGUUUUUUGUUUGCAGUUGUUUAUUGAAUUGAACCUUAACUGACCUGUGUUUGGUAACAAUCGUACGGGUAGAUUUACAUCUGAUUAUCUGGUCCAUUUUCGGCUUGUUUAAUUUUAGUUUUCAGAAAAAAAAUGGGUACAUAUCUCACGACUCAUAUUACCGCGAUUUUUGGAGUAGUCUAUUGCAGUUAAUUUAUCUUAUGUGACGUGUGGGAGUAGGAUCACACGCCGGAAUGUACGUACGGAUGCUGACUGUCCGCCUUCCACCUGCAACAUAACAGAUAAUCUAGUCAAUCUAUGCUGUGAUUUGCUGUUCUCUUUACUAGCGGUGUAUAUGAUGUGAUAACGCGAAGUCUAUAUAAGUCUUGGUUGUCACUAAUAUCAGCAGCAGUCACUAGGUAGUCGCUGACUUGACUUCUGAGACUGUUUUCUAAUUACGAUUUCCUUGCGUUGUGAACUGUGGUGUGAAUUGGAUUAAAGAGGCAGCAAUACUUGUUCCUUCUGAUGUACGUAAUCGCUCCCGGAUUAUUGCAUAGAAUACAGGUUUGCUCGUGACACAAUUGUCCUAGCUCUUGCCGAUCCUCACAGGACUUACGACCGGAAGUUGUAGUUGGAGUGUUCCUGCUUAGGGAUUCCUGAUUCGUGUUCCUGACUCGCUCGUUGUUUCCACCGUAAGGAUCUGUUACAGUUUGAGAUGAGAGUUGCCUACCGAUUGAGCAUUACAGGCGUGGAAGAGUAAAGAUUGUUCAUGGAGCUCUAACCAGCGUGAACGCUUAUACACGACAUAUGCACGAAUGCAGCUAAGGCCGUGUUGAGCCUGUAGCAUUUAAUUUUCACACAACAUUUACUGAUCAAAACAGUGUGAAAUCUUCUGAUCAAUAAAUCGAACAAACUG